GUUUAAAAAUAUAUAUCGCGAGAAUAAGGGCGUGUGUAACCUGAACAUCCCUCCCGCUGAAACACAGUGGUAACCUAGCAACAUAAACAAAGAGUUGAUGAAGAAAUGGCGAAGCGUCAGGUAGAAGAGAAAGCUGAAUCUCUAAAAAAGAAAAAGAGGGGGUACCAAGAAAGUUACAUUGAGUUUGGCUUCAUAGAAGCAAUGGACAAAAUUAGAGCAGAAUGCAUCUUUUGCAGUGAGAAACUGGCGAAUGAAAGUUUGAAACCCUGCAAGCUGAAGCGACACCAGACAACUAAACACCCCGAGACGGUGGGUAAACCAAAAGAGUUUUUCCUCAGAAAAAGGGAACUAGUUGUCACAAACAGGCCCCAAAACAUUAAGGACAUUUUUGCCAAAGCAGGAAGCGACCAGAAGCAGGCAACGGUUGCAUCUUUGGAGUGCUCUCUCCUUAUUGCGCAUGCCAAAAAGCCACACAACAUUGGGGAAACACUGAUUAAACCUGCUUGCAUUAAAAUGGCUGAAAUUCUAUGUGGACCGCAGGUGGCUAACAAAUUUAUGACUGUACCACUGUCCAACAACACAGUGAAAGACAGAAUCGACAGAAUGGCAGGAAACGUUGAGAACACACUCGUCGAAAAAAUCAAGACAGGCCCGUUUUCUAUCCAGCUGGAUGAAACUACCACUGUGGCAGAGGAGGCAAUUCUCAUUGUAUAUGUACAAUACAUUGAGGAAACCGAGCUGAAACAAGACAUUCUUAUGUCUGUUAAUCUCACAGCCACCACAAGAGGAGAGGACAUUUUCAGUGUAGUUGAUGCGUACUUCACAAAGCACAAUAUUCCCUAUGAGAAUUUAGUUGCAUGCUGCACAGAUGGAGCUGCCACAAUGAUGGGAAAAAACAAGGGCUUCAACAGCCGUUUGAAGGAGAAGACGCCCCACUGCUUAGUGUUUCACUGCAUGAUACACAGACACGCACUGGCAGGCAAACACCUCUGUGAAGACCUGAACGUAACAUUAAAGACUGUGGUAAAAAUAGUCAACUUUAUUAAAGCGCGCCCGCUCAACAAACGGAUCUUUGCGCAGCUGUGCGAGGAUGAGGCGCACCAGACACUCCUCCUUCAUACUGAAGUGCGCUGGCUGUCCCGGGGCAGAGUAUUGGUGCGUUUCAUGGAACUUAAAAACCAAAUAAGGGAUUUUUUAACUGUUCAUAACCAGAAGCUAUCUGAAGAAAUGACAGAUGAGUUUCUCAUUAAGACUUAUCUAGCGGAUAUUUUCAGUCUGUUCAAUGAAGCAAACCAACGCAUGCAGUCCGCGGAUGCCAACGUAAUGGAGUGCAAAGAGACAGUGGAUGCGUUUGUGGGCAAAGUGGUGUACAGAAUGAAAAAAAAUGGCAACGGGAGACCUGCAACAGUUUCCCUUGCUACAACAACAGUCAGGGGGGAAGUUACCUGAUGCUUUGGCCAGACAGUUCACCCGCCACAUGGAGGAGCUUCAGGAGGAGAUGCACUCGCAUUUCUCAGAUGUAAAUGAACAUGUCUCAAAAGACGCAUGGGUGAUUUCUCGCAAAAGAAGAUGUCGAGCAUCUCCAGGCUGAGGAUGAGCUUAUGGAUAUAAAGUCCAAUUCUCUCUGUAAGCGGUUCUAUGCUGAACAUGGAUAUAAGCGGUUUUGGCUUGUGAAAGGACCAGGAGUCGCUCCGAGACUUGCUCAUCAUGCGACCACCAGAUUCAUCCUGCCAUUUGCCACAACAUACCUGUCAGAGACUGCUUUCAGCGCUCUGGUUACCAUCAAAACAAAGGCACGCAACAGGCUUGAUGUGCACAGUGACUUUCGUUUGGCUGUUACCAAAGUCACACCAGACAUCCCAUCACUGGCUCAGGAAAUACAGUCUCAGAGCUCUCAUUAAAAGACAGGCUGCCUGGACUCUCAAGGUGUGUAUGACAGUGAAAUUAAAAGGAGAUCAAAAAUAGAGAAAAAUAUGUUCCUAAAAGUGUAAGUUCUCAAGUUUAUUUAAAUAGUGCCAAAUCAUAACAAGUUCUGAAGUUCUGAAGUUUAUAAUAUUGCAAUUUUACACAGGUUUCGUCAUUGUUCCAGGCCGCCAUGUUUCAUGUUCCAUGUUCUUUUUUAUGUUAGCAGUGAAUAUAUUGAAAUAAAAAGAAGAUACAUUCCCUUAGUGUUUUGUAAGUUCCUUUAUU